AUGGAAAUGAAUAAAGAUCCUCAUUCAAUUUUGAAAGUUGAGAAAAACUGUGAUGUAGAAACUCUAAAAAAGCAAUUUAAAAAAUUAGCUAUAUUAUAUCAUCCAGACAAAUCAAAGUAUCAUUUAUUUAAAGAAAAUAAGGAAAAAAAAGAAAAAGAUAUAGAUUUUGUAACGUUAGUUUGGGCUUAUGAACAAAUUUUAAAAGAGAUUGAAUGCAGUAACAAGUCUGAGAAAUAUGAAAAUGCUCUGAAUAUCAAAAAAAGCGAUUUAAAAUAUAUUAAAGAAGAAGAAACUUAUAUAUAUUUUUGCCGAUGUGGUGAUUUUUUUCUUUUUAGUGAAAAUUUAUAUUACGAAUAUUACGUUAUUCAGGUAUGUCAGAGUUGCUCAUCAUCUGUUUAUAUAACACCUUAA